UUGCCAUGAGCCCAUGUGACAGAAGAAAGGGGGGAGGCAGGGGGUUUCACACAGGGAGAAAAGGAGCAAGGCACAAGAGUGUGAAGAGAGAUGGAAACAAGAGCGUGGGUGAACACAGUGAAGUUAUAGUAGCUGGAAAAUAAGGUGAAAGACACAGCACUGUAAACACACAGUGUUUGGACGAGCGCGACAAUGAAUGUGACAGAAGUCUACAAGGGAAUAGCCAAUAUCUAUAAUGAGGGAAAUGUCUCUGGCAAUGGAAGCAUGGGGCUCUUCAACAUCCCCCCCUCCAUAAACAAAGCAACCAAUAUCUUCUCCAUUGUCGUCCUCUUCAUCACCAUGAUAUCCCUUGGCUGUACGAUGGAGAUUUCCAAAAUCAAGGUCCAUCUCUUAAAGCCAAAAGGAGUAGCCAUCGCACUGCUGGCCCAGUUCGGCCUCAUGCCCCUGACUGCUUUCUCUCUAGCCAAAAUGUUACAGAUGGAGCCCGUGAAGGCCGUGACUGUGCUGAUCUGUGGCUGCUGUCCAGGGGGAAACUUAUCAAACAUUUUCUCCCUGGCCUUAAAGGGGGAUAUGAACCUCAGCAUCGUGAUGACCACCUGCUCCAGUGUCGUAGCACUGGGUUUGAUGCCUUUGCUGCUCUAUAUCUUCAGCCAAGGCUUCCCCGGUCUGGAAAAUGCUGUACCAUACACUGGCAUCAUCUUUGCUCUCGCAUUCGCCCUGGUGCCUUGUGGCAUUGGCAUUGCCAUAAAUCACUACAAACCAAAGUAUUCAUCAAUCAUCAUAAAAGCUGGUCUCGGCAUCCUGAUGGUCUCCUGCCUUGUAGGGUUCACCCUGUUUGGUAUUGUUGUCAAAGACGUACUGUGGAUGGUUCUAACACCUGAUUUUCUGGUUGUGGCUGCACUGAUGCCACUGAUUGGCUUUACGCUGGGAUAUGUCAUGUCUGUCGUAUGCAGACUCAGUCCAAAAUGCAGCAGGACAGUCUCCAUGGAAACAGGGUGUCAAAACAUCCAGCUGUGCUUUACCAUCCUAAAAGUGGCCUUUCCCCCUGAGAUCAUUGGACCCAUGUUUUUUUUCCCAAUGUUAUACUACAUGUUCCAGUGUGGUGAGGCCCUUCUGCUGGCCCUGUGCUUCAGAUGUUACCAAGCAUUCAAGCCGCCAUCUGAGGACGGUGUUGACAUUAAAGGGGCAAUCGAGGAAAAACAGAAUCCUGUGAAAUGAGGAUGCAGCAAUUCAGCAUCCUCGCUGUCUCCAUAUCAUCUACACAUUCCCCACUCAGGCCUUAGAUACUGACAGAAAGACUGCUGAAACAUGUGCAACUAAUAUUACCUAGUUAUUGCUUACAUAAUCAGGUCUAUAUAAUGUUUACUACAGGUAGUGCCCGAAGUAGGAGGUCAAUGAUUGAAAAAUAAUGAAGUAUUUAUAUUUUUGUAUUCAAAAUAUCUGAUGUAAGAUUGAAAUUUGCAGUUUUUAUGAUCUGAGUAUGAAUGAAUGAGUUUAUGAAAUCUACUCAAGUGUCAAUUGUUAUUUUUUAAUUGGAGAGUUGAAAAGCAGUCUGAUGAAAAGGAAGGUUACAGACACCCCAAAUAGUAUUUAAUCACAAUGGUGGCAUGGUAUAUAUACGUACAUAUACAUUAUAUAUAUUUUUACAUAUCUUAAAAUACCAUCUUCAUGAUUAAAAUAAUGGCCUUGGGGUUGUAUGCCUUCGCUGACCAGUCAAAUUACAGUUAAAGUUUACAUCCAAGUCUGUUAGACUUACAUAUAGCCAUGACAGUUGGCAAUGCUUCAAAUAGGUUAUGGAUCUUGCGGCAAAGAAGCUAGCUGAAGUUAUGCGGUUCAAUAAUGGCCAGAGGAGUGUUUUUGCAUAACAUUAUGAUGCCACAGUGAAGUUAACCUUUGACCUUUUGGAUAUUUAAAAUGUCAUCACUUCCAUUAGACAUUUGUGUGAAGUUUUGUCAUAAGUACAUAUGAAUUUUCGAGUUAUGGCCAAAAACAUGUUUUGUGAAGUGAUACUGACCUUGACCUUUGACAAUCAAAAUGUAAUUAGUUCAUUCUUAAGUCCAAGUGGACAUUUGUGCUAAAUUUAAGGAAACUCUCUCAAGGCCUUACUGAGAUAUUGCGUUUAGGAGAAUGAGACAGAUGCAAGGUCACAGUGGCCUUGAUCUUUGACCACCAAAUUCUAAUUAGUUCAUUGCUGAGUGCCAAAUUUGAAGAAAUUUCCUUAAGGAGUUUUUAAGAUAACACAUUAGCGGGAAUGAGUCCAGUGCAAGGUCAGCAUAUGAAUUCUUGACUUAUGGCCAAAAACACCUUUUGCGAGGACACAGUGACCUUGACGUUUGACAACGAAAAUCUACUCAGUUCAUCACAGAGUCCAAGUGAACAUUUAUGGCAAAUAUGAAGACAUUCUCUCAAGGCCUUCUUGAGAUAUUGCAUUCACAAGACUGGUACGGACGUAUGUACAGAUGGACAGACAACCCGAAAACAUAAUGUCUGUGGCCACAGCUAUAGCCAACAUGGAGGCAUAUCAACAAAAACUCAGUUUGUCAGUCCAAAAAUAAAGUCAGUCAAACAAAGUUAACACUGACAUUACACUAAUCUGUACACUUGCUCGUUUUUGUGUUGGACCUACCCAACCAUAUUUACAGCGUACAGUGUAAGCAGCUCCACUGAAUGUCAGCAUGUGAGGUGCAUUAAGAUUCAAGAUACGGCCCCUUUAACUUUGACCUAACCAUUAAGGCAACAACAUUCUGACUGUACUUCUGCAUUUUUGUAUGCCAGCCACCACAUGGAAGUAUUGACCACCACAGACACAAAGAAUAUAAAAGUGGAUCAAGCGAGAGACCAGUCCAUCUUUCAAACUUCGACCAAACUCCAAAUGACCAUCUUUUCAGCAGUGAUAGAGAGCUGGUUGAUGGCUUGCUCCUGUAGUUGACUGCAGGGUUGACACUCACCAUGUUGCCAUGCGCCCAUGUGACGGAGGGGGAGGAGGGCAGGGGAUCCACACACAGAAAAAAGGAGCUGGGCACAAGGAUAUGAGAAGAGAUGGAAACAGGAGCGUGAGCGAACACAGUGAAGUUGCAGAAGCUGGCUGGAAAUUAAGGUGAAAUCCGCAGCACCAUAAACGCAGUGUUUGGAUCAAUGCAACAAUGAAUGUGACGGAAGUUUUCAAGGGAUUUGCUAACAUCUCCAAUAAUGGAAAUUUCUCUGGCAAUGGAAGUAUGGGGCUCUCUGACAUCUCCCCC